CUUUUACCGUGAUCACCAAUGACUCGUCCCCCAGCAGAGGCAUGCUGUAAGUUGGUCGUUGCAGCUCUGCAGAGAUUGUCACCAUGAAGGGCCCCAGCUCCAUGUUGGCCCUCUCAUUUGGCUUCGUGGUGGGGGCCUGCAGCAUGUAUGUCCUCCUGCACCAGGUGUGGUUGGAGCAGAGCUACCCGCUUUUGUCAGAGGCUCAGGAAAGGGCCAUGGUGAUGGAGGAGAAGCCAACAGGCUGGAGGAAGGAGGGAGCUGCACUCUACCUGAUCCACCCUCAUCACGCAGAUGAAGACAGCCUGGUGGCGGACACGCUGUACCAGAAGGUGCGUGUUCUCUGUUGGGUGAUGACAGGGCCGCACAACCUGCAGAGCAGGGCCCGCCAUGUCCGAGCCACCUGGAGCCGCCACUGCAACGUUGUUGUGUUCAUGAGCUCCGUGGAGGACCCCAGCUUUCCCACCGUGGGCUUGGGCACCAAAGAGGGCCGCGACCAGCUCUACUGGAAAACCAUCCGAGCCUUCCACUACGUGUACGAACACCACGUGAACRACGCAGACUGGUUCCUGAAAGCUGAUGACGACACCUUUGUGGUGGUGGACAACCUGCGUUGGAUUCUGUCCAACCACACCCCCGAAGAGCCCGUCUACUUCGGGAAGCGUUUCAAGCCUUACUCCAAACAAGGCUACAUGAGCGGAGGCGCGGGCUACGUGCUUAGCAAGGAGGCCCUGAAAAGAUUUGUUGAAGGUUUUCGGACUAAGGCCUGCACUCACACCACCCCGGUUGAAGACCUAGCGUUGGGACAGUGUUUGGAGAAAAUGGGCGUUCUGGCUGGGGAUUCCAGAGAUACUUUGCAUCGAGAAACCUUUCACCCCUUUGUGCCGGAGCACCACCUGACCACCAAGUUCUCCAAGAGCUUUUGGUACUGGAGCUAUUGCUACUACCCGAUUGUUGAGGGUCCACAGUGUUGCUCUGACCUGGCCGUGUCAUUCCAUUAUGUUGAAGCAGAGCUGAUGUACACGCUGGAGUACUACGCCUACCACCUGAGAGCGUACGGCUACGUGCCUCGCUAUCAGCCCUCCACACGUCAGCGCCUGAACCUCCCCGCUCUCUCGCAGUCGGCCAUGACGGCCGGAACUAAAGCAGUUCAGGAGGUGACAGAAAGAGGGAAUCACACAUCUGUUGCUGCUGCUUUUAUUAGCAGCAGAAACCAAACUAAAGAAGAGAGCCGCUCAGAGAUGAGCGAGGAAGAUGAGCUGAACUUUAAACUGCCGGAGAAUAGAACUGCAGACUCACAGGAACACGGCUGAUCGGCUGCACCUUUUUAUUUUCUGAGCUCUAUUAGAGUCGACAUCAAAAACACUUGUGGCUCCUCGCUCCGCACUGACUGAAAAGAGCAGAAAAGAGUGACUGUUUUAGAAAAGCUGCCUUAGGUUUUAAAAUGACCGUGUCGUCUUGUCUUUUGUCCAAACCUGUUUGAUCUGAUCAGAAUAUUUCACACAGUGUUCCAUGGACAGCGCUCCUCGUGGGAGCAGUCGCUAAUUGAAUUCGGCUCGGUAGUAGCUGCAUAUAGUCUGGGUAUUUUUCUUACCCAAAUAUCAAUGCCUGAUUUUUUGCUUAAUUGUACUUCACAUCUGUCUUUGUUUGCUUAAAAAAGUGCAGGAAGCCUUUUCACACUUUUUUGUCAUUACACAGCUUCAAGAAGUAAAACUGAAAUAUCCUAACAAAACAUCGUCACCGGCUAAAUAGAAUUUCAGUUUUGUUUUUUAAUUUUUUUUUAACUAUACAAAAUGUGUCAUUUUGUUCCGUUGCCUGGCAAAUUGAUCUUAAUUACUUGAUUUGUGUUUGAGAAUUGUCAGAGUUGACAAACUGUUUUAAACUGAAUACUUAUGUCUGUGUCUAGUUCAUUUCUUUUUAAGGGGUAAUUUAAUGUCAACUCUGACAAGAAUGCUGGUUUAAAAAAAUAAAAUUCCACUGAUUUGUCAAGGCA